AUGCAUCUCCGUCCCGACCACGCAGUGCGCGACCUCCCAACCCUCCACGCCUUCAUCCAACAACAUCCCCUCGGCAUAAUAACAACCUCCCUCCCCUCAGAAAUCCACCCGACCCUCCAAUGCAGCCACAUCCCUUGGGUCCUGGACAGUGAAGCGACGGUUUCAAAUACGCAAACAAACAAAGAAUCCAACAAUGCCGAGCCCCCACCCCUAGGAGUCCUCCGCGGCCACAUCGCACGCCAAAACCCGCAGUCUAAGGCGAUGGUCGAUGCCGUGUUGGAGAAUACAGCAAACAGAAACAGCGGGACUAGUAUCCCGGGUGCAUUCCCGACAUUGGAGCCGGAGCUGGAGUCAGAGUCAGAAUCAACAGGGCAGACCCUCCCCGGCGAGGUGUUAAUUGUCUUUACCAGUCCAGUAGACCAUUAUAUCACGCCGAACUUUUAUACUGAAUCCAAGCCUGCGACGGGGAAGGUUGCCCCGACGUGGAAUUAUGCUGCUGUGCAAGUCUACGGCCGUGCGACGAUCUAUCAUGACGCGAAGGAUGCAAAUACAGAACAAUUCCUGAGGACGCAGUUAGGGGAUUUGGCGAGAUUGGGCGAAGAAGGCGUAAUGGGCUUCCAAGACCAAGACAAAGACCACAGCCAAGAACAAGCGGUCGCGGCAUCGGCUACGGGUACGGGUACGGGAGCGGGCCCAACAUCUGAAACCAAGACCACGACUAACACCGCGGAAAAAGACCAAGCAAACCAGGGGCUUAGCGCCAACCCUGAAACUAGCACCACCAAGGGAAAUGCGGCCUCCCCGACGCCAUGGAGAAUCGCCGAUGCGCCACCGGAAUACAUAGCCAUGUUGCUGAAGAAUAUCAUCGGCAUGCGGGUUGAGAUCACGCGCAUUGAGGGGAGGUUCAAGGUUAGCCAGGAACGACCGGUGAAUGAUCGCAAGUAA